ACGAAACGGAACAGUCAAUUAAGAGAAAUUAAUAACUGAAGAUAAAGACGAAUAAAACGUUAGAAAUGACGCUAGAAACAUCAUGGUUAGAUCGCAACAUAAAUCUAUGCUUUGUGGAGAAGAUCCUGCGAAAGUCGGAAAACGAUGAUUCGAUUAAAGUAAUCAAUAUAGUUUCGAAACCGGCUACAAGCAAGGGUGACAACUACACUAGUGACAUGAUUAGAAUUACUGCCGAAUAUUUACAUAACUCUAAAAUUAAAGGAACCAAAUCCAUUAUUAUUAAACUCACACCUGUAGACGGUAUUCGACAGAAGAUCGUCACACAAGCAGAUCUUUUUCACAGAGAGAUAUUGAUGAUGUCCGAUACUUUGGAUAAAAUGAAUAAGUUGUUAAGACCGGAGCAUCGUUUGAGCGCGAAGAUUCUUUAUGGGCAAAAUGAAAAUCCAACGCUUCUAGUGAUCGAAGAUCUCGCAUCUCUUGGUUUUCGAAUGGCUGAUCGUUCAUCUGGUCUCGACUUAGAUCAUUCUCUAUUGGCGUUUCGUGGACUUGCCAGGUUUCAUGCAACCUCCGUUGCCUUAUGCGAGAAGAACCCGACGCAAAAAGAGAUGUAUUUAAAAGCAAAUUAUAAUCAUCAGUCGCCAGAAAUAAAAUCUUUCCUCAAUAUGGGUACUAAAGCUUUAGCAGAUGAGAUUGCAAACUGGCCAGAAGCGAAAAAAUACUCGGAAAAAGUUUCUAAACUUUCUGAUCAUAUGGUCCAAAUAGGAAUAGAUGUACAUAUGCUCUGUGAAGACGAAUUUAAUGUUAUUAAUCAUGGUGAUUGUCAAGUGAAUAAUAUGUUAUUCAAAUAUGACAAUAAUGGCAAACCUACUGAUCAGAUUUUUGUAGACUUUCAAUUGUGUACCUAUGCAUCAGCGGCACUCGAUCUUAUCUAUUUACUCAAUUCAAGUAUUUCCUUCGAUGUUAUUGAACACAAGACAGAUAUUUUAUUAAACGAAUAUCUUCACAUCUUGUCAACGACUAUGAAACAAUUGAAUUGCAAAACUCAGCCGCCUACUAUGAAAGAACUGAAAGCUUCCAUAAAACGAAGAGCUAGCUAUGGAAUGUUGACAUCUUUCAUCGUUUUACCGUUUAUGCUGAGCAGUAAAGCUGAGGCAAAAGAUUUGGAUGAAGUACUGGGCAGUAGUACUUAUAUAAAUCCAGGUUUAAAGAAUGAAAUUUUUAAAAAAAUAUUGAUAAAAAGACUGCCAUUGUACGACGAGUGGGGUUUGCUGGAUCUUUAAUGUAUACUUCACAUUCAAUAAUAGAAAAUUAAAAUAGAAAAUAAAUAGAAAUCUAAUAAAUAAAGAUAUUAGAUGCAAAUAGUUUUAACAAUGAUAAGUACAUUAAAAUUAUA